AUGGUUGCAAUACGACAUCGUUCAAGCUGGGUAAGCACCAUUAGCCGAUUUAGUAAAGCUCCCAAGGGCGUAAAAGCGGUUAACGGCGGCAAAGAUAAGGUGGUGAUGAUAGAAUCUGAGAAUGAUAACGAUAUGAACCCUGAAGAUUCCACAAUAAUCAAGGAUUUGAAACAUUACUCAAGAACAUCUGACAUGUCAGAUCGAAUGAAGCAAAAGAUGAUCACAUCAAUAUUGGAGAAGUUGGCCUAUUCUGAGACCGCCUUGACCCGAGAUGCGGUUCAAGCCAUUGAUCAGGCUGUUACGUAUCUUUAUAGACAAAAUGGUGGGUCUAUUAAAGGGACUAUUAGUGAGAAACAGCUUGUACAGAUCUUUAACAAAUCAGCUGCUUAUAUCGUUUGUCUAAAGAGAUUAUGGAUCCCCAAUUAUAUGUCUUUGAUGAUGAAGUCAUUUGUUGAUGGUACUACUUCUUCACCAAGAGUAAUCUCCUACAUGGCAGUGUUGGGAUCGAUGGCACACAAUGGAUCGCUAGAGAUUGCUCUUUCAACAUUGUCUAAACGUGUUAGCAUUACUACUGCAGUAGUGGACGAUCUCGUGAUCUUAUACGACGGUUUGGACAGACUCAAUUUGGGGUUCUAUGAAAGUGUCUUAACAAGUUUAAACGAGGUCGAUUUGGGUGACUACUUUUUUGACCAGUUGAUUAACCAUGUUGAGUCUCUUUACUCUACCACUGUGCCGUUGAUUCACGAGUACUUGGAUCAAGAGAGGAGUCUUGAUCGAGUCAUGAUGAUCUUGGGUCGCAUUACUCCUCAGCACAUUGAAUCAAUGUCUUUUGGUUGCGUGGUUAGACUAUUCACUUUGGCAAAGGAUAUGGAGGAGGCACUAGAUGGGAAGCAGCCAUCACUAUCAGAGCUAAUUAUGACACAUUUGGAGUCAAAAGCCAGCCUAGACUCCAGUGAAUUGAAGGAUAUAAUUUUUUCAGUUCCAGACGAACCAUUGAUCUGUAAUCUUUUACUUUCAAGUUAUGUUAAUCAUCCUAGACUAUUCAACUUGCUUGUGAAUCAAAUUGAAUCAAACUCCAGUAAAUAUUCACCGGAAACAUUAAUUCAAUCAAAGAUCCUAUCUGCAUCUUUGUUUAAUGAAGCGGAGUUGGUUGGUUAUACAAAGAACAUUAUAGAAGAAACAGCAACAUAUUUGCCCAUUGACGAAACAAAACUCUAUGAAAAGUUGAUUCAAAUUGUCUUGGUUCGUCUGGAUAUAUCGUCAACUGGUACGUUUGUGAAUACUAUAUCUGAUUAUAUGAGGUCUAGAGGCGCUCAUAUUUCGUUAAAGACUUACAAGAACUUAAUCGAUAGAGCAUUAAAAGAUGGUGAUGUCGAAACAGCUAUUCAUGUAUUUGAAGAUUCAUUAGAAGAUUCCGUUAAUUGGACAGAAGAUUUACUGCCUUCUGUGCUUAAAACAUUGAACAAUAUUAUAAUUGGAGCAACAGAAGUGGAGAGUGGGUCGUCUAAUGUUGAGGAAUCGUUUCGUAUUUUCCUUAAAGUUAAACAGCAAAUGUCAACUACUCCUGUCAAUAUCAAUGCAAUGUGUGCUAUGGCCGAUAGAAUGUUGGAAUCUGAGUGCGUUGGAGAUUUAAUUGAAAUGAUGAAACGGGAGUUCCCCAAGAUAGACAAGAAUGCAUUACAAAGACUCCCAUUAGAUAAACCAUGGGGUAUUAAAUAUCGACAAUUCUUUGAUAAACUCCAAAGUUAUGUUAUCACUUAUACAAAUGAAUCCACUUUUGAAACCAAUUGGGUACUUUAUGGGGAAUUGCAUAAAUAUUUCAAUGCUCCAUUUGAAUCAUAUUUACCCACCAUGAAGUUCUUUUGUGAAAAGGAUCGAUUAAAUGCAGCUUUAAUUAUCUUCCGUCAGAUUAAACGACUAAAUGAAUUGCAUGGAGAUCAUUCAUUCCCUCCACCACUGAGAGAAAUGUACAUGUAUCUUUUCCAAGUGUUCGGUGAUAAAUUAUACGAAGAAGGUGUGGAUGAAUUACAUUCAUACAUGAAAAUGGAUGUCUCAUUACCAAAACUGGAUAUCGAAUUACAAAAUUGCAUCCUCAAUGCUUAUUCCAAUUUACAAGAAGUGGCUAAGGCAAGAGACUUAUUUUUAACAAUUGUUUCAGGCUCCACGAAUGGUAAAAUUAGUCUUGAAACUGCAACUAUCAUGAUUAAAACGUUCACCUAUAGUGAUUUGGUAUAUGUGAAGAAGUUUUGGAACAAUUUAUCACUGUAUGGAGUGACUCCGGAUUAUUCAAUCUUCAGACAAUAUCUAAUUGCUCAUGUCUAUAAUGGACAUGUUGAAGAAGCUUGUAAAUUGGUGAAGGAAAUGGAUGAUUAUGGAUUGGAGUUGAGUAGUGAUACUUUAUUGGCUCUUCACAAUUAUUGCUUGGAAGAUUAUCAUCAAAAGCAAGUGAUCAAAUGGGCAGAGAAGUAUCAUAAACAACUUUGGAUCCAAGCAGUAGAUUCUGGAUUAUUGCGAACAGCUGAUAAUUAUGUUCCUGAUAGACAACUUUUGCAGUAA